CAUCAUUCCACUUUUUUUAACCUUAAAAUUACACAGAUAUUAUUAAUUUUUUCUCUUCCAUCACAUCAAGCCUUAUUAUGGUGUUUGGAUAUUCUUUUCAGGAAAUGUGUUGAAACUAAUACAAUUUCCUUCUAUGAUUUUUUGUAAAUUCCAUUCCUAUUGCAGUAAAAUUAACUUUUUGAAAUCUAAUAGUAGUAAUUUUCUUAGAAUUCCCACAAUGUCAGUCCACCAUAGCCGUGUAUCCUCAAUGUUAAAGCUCUUAACUGAGAAGAAACUGGACUCCUUCAUAGUUGAUAGAGUUGAUCCUCAUAAUACUGAGGUUCCACAUUCCACUUUUGAUAGACUCUCCUUCAUUUCAGGUUUUACAGGUAGCUAUGGACUUGCUCUGGUCACACAUGAUAAGUGUUAUUUAUGGACUGAUUCCAGGUACUUCAUACAAGCUGAGAGGCAGUUAUCAAGUCCCUGGGUCCUAAUGAAGCUUCUUGAGAAGGAUGUUCCCUCAUUAACUGAGUUUCUGUCCAGAACCAAAGAGAUUAAAACUGUCGGAUUUGAUUUGUACUCGACAACUUACAAAUCCCAUGAACACAUGGUGAAAAAAGCCACUGAGAAGGAGUUUGUAGGUUUAACUGAAAACCCAGUUGAUGUUGUUUGGGGCAAGGAAAGGCCACCUUUGCCAUUAAAUCCACUGAAGUUACACCCGCUAAAGUAUUCAGGAGUUUCUGUUUCAGAUAAACUGGUUGAGGUUCGGAAGGAGAUGACGAAAAAUAAUGUCAACGUUUUAGCCCUCACGAACCUUGAUGAAGUCGCCUAUAUGUUGAAUUUAAGAGGGUCUGACGUUGAAACCUCACCACUCUUCUACUCAUACCUAGUGGUUGAAAUGGACAAAAUAAUCCUUUUUGUGGAUAAACGGAAGUUAAAUGAUGAGGUCACAUCUUACUUAAAGUCAUUCUCAGUUGAAACUAGGGAUUACAAUGACGUUUUUUCUUAUCUUGAAACAGUUGGAACCAGUGAAAAAGGAUCUCCGUUUAAGAUGUGGGCGUCUACAUUUUCUUCGGUUCAUCUAUGUAAUUCAUUUCUGAAGAAUCACAGUGAUUCUACACCCAGAGAGUUGUUUUUAGAGACAACACCAGUUUGUGAUUUAAAGGCAUGUAAAAAUGACACUGAGCUUAAGUGUAUGGCAGAAGCACACGUAGCAGAUGGAAUUGCAAUGGCCAAGUUCUUCUCAACAGUUUAUGAAAUGAAGGACAAUGGUACAUUGUUUGAUAAGGACGAAUAUGAUCUGGCUAAAUUAAGCAGUAAAUUCAGAUUCGAGCAGGAGAAUAAUGUUGGAUUAUCUUUUGAGCCAAUAUCAUCAAUAGCUGAAAACGGAGCAGUUGUACACUAUAGAGCCUUAAAAGGAGACUGUUCUAAGAUCGGUCCUCACAUGUAUUUACUGGAUUCAGGAGGUCAGUAUCUCACUGGAACCACUGACGUUACCAGAACUGUCCACUUUGGCACUCCAACAGACGAAGAAAAGUUGGCCUACACACUUGUUCUUAAGGGCCAUCUCGCGUUGAGACAUGCCAAAUUUCCAGAAGGCACACCGGGAGAAUCAUUGGAUGUUUUGGCAAAAUUGCCACUUUGGGAAAGAGGAAUGAACUAUUACCAUGGAACUGGGCACGGAGUUGGUUCAUACCUGAACGUACACGAGGGCCCCUGUAAUAUAACGUCAUUGUACAAGCCCAAGGUGGGGAAACCAAACAUUGUGUACUUGAAGCCUGGGAUGGUCCUGUCAAAUGAACCCGGCUUCUACGAGGCUGGGAAGUUUGGAGUUAGAAUUGAAAAUAUGUUUUAUGUUAAGGAACUAGAUGAUAGGUUCUCUAAAGAUAACAGGAAAUACUAUGAAUUUGAUGACUUAACGCUUGUUCCAUACUGUAAAGAUUUACUCGAUCACUCCUUACUCACUAAACAGGAAGUUGAAUGGAUAAAUGAAUACCAUAAGAGAAUAUCAGAUACAUUAGUCCCAAGAAUGUCAUCUCGACCAGGAUAUGAAAAAGCGGUUGAGUUUUUGAAAAAAUCUGCACAACCUCUACUACACAAUAAAUAAUAUUAUUAUAUACGACUA